AUGGCAGCCUCAGCGGCGACGUCGCAGCAUCAAAAGAUCCUCGCCGCCUUCCGGAGCGCCCUGCCUGACACCAAUGACCUCACGGAAGCCCAGGUGAAGAUCCUUCUGAAGGCCCUGGGCGUGGAAUUGACGGAAGAGCGGCUCCGCUCCAUGGUUACGGCGGCCUCCAACGGCAGCGGCAAGGUCACCUAUGAGCAAUUCAUCUCCUGGAUGUUUGGCUGUCAGGAAGAAGCAAAGAGGGAGGCCACGCCGCCGAGCAAGCCCAAGCCCUUGCAGACGCAGAAGAGCCAGCACAUCAUAGAGGCCACAGUGAUGACUCAGCUCGCGAAGCUCGUGGAGCUACAUCCCUACGCGGAGCCGGGCGGGGCGGCUUCCCGGCACCCGGCGCAGCCCUUUGUGGAGAACUGCAGGAAUGCCUUGCGAAUGGGGAAGUUCGAGCAGGCGCAAGAGGAGCUACGAAGGGGCCGCAGCGUCAUCGACACUGUCCGUUUGUUUCAAGCCGUGGUGCAGAUCUUCAAGCCGCAGCUUCAAUCUUUGCGUCGCCCCUUUGAUUCCUCGGGGGCGAGCGGCUGGGACGCCGGGCGCGCGGACUUCCGCUUCGCCGGAGAAGGCGGCCGCUGGCGGAUCCGCUGGGAACCCGGGCGGUCUCGGGCCAGGCGGAGCUUCCAAGUGGCCAAGGGCUUUUCGAGCGAGCGACUAGCCGAGCGCUCGGCCCUUGUUGUGCGCUGGCAAGAACGUGGGGCCUUCUUCUACGUGAGCGCUGCCUUAGGGAAGACCGUCACGCUGCAAGUGGAGGCGCAGCCAGAUGGCACCCUCGUGCUGUCCUGCGCGCGUGAAAACGGAAGCGCGCCGCCGAGGGCCGUGGCCUGGACGGAAGGCCUGUCGCAGAGGGCCUCCGCGCGCUGCUGCGAGGCCCUGGUGCUGGUUUGCGAUGCCAACAGCUGGAUGCCCAACCCCUCCUUUCACUUCCAGCUCGCUGGCAGUUUCGAUGGGGGCAAGUCUGCAAGGCAUGUGUGCUGGCUGCAUCUAGGCAAGGAGACGGACACGGGUUUGCCCGUCAGCUGGCAGUUCGCCUUCGUUCCAUUGAGCUUCCAGAUUCUCAGUGCCAAGCAGCUGUGGAGCUGGCGCGUGGUGCCUAGGGCCACGGACGGCGGCUGGACCUCUGGUAACAUCCUCACCAGCACGUCUGGGGCUGUGCCGUGCGAGGUGGCGACCAGCAACGGCAGCGAGCUGCAUGGCCGGGACUUCCGCAUGGUGGAGCCCCACGGCACUUACGUCGUCCUCAUCUGCGACCUGUCCGAUUCGGGGAGCGAAGUGGUGGCGCGGGUCUGGUACCAGACAGGCGCUGACUCGGCGAAGCCGCUGCUGGUGUCGGACAAGCGGCCGGCGGUGCGGGAGGAGGUGCUGGCAGCUUUGCAGCUGCGGGGCGAGCCUGGAGCCUGGGACGAGGUGCUGGCCCGGAGGUGCCCGGCUUGGUGGCGCCGCUGGGCCCAAGCGGAGCGGGAAGGUGGCUGUCGCAUGCCGAGGCCGAAGGAGUGGACGCGUGAGGAGGUGCUCGGUGGAUUGCAGAAGCUGCAGGCGGCGCUGAAGGGCCAUUCGGCCGUGCUUGCCAGCUGCCGCCGGGAAUCCACGGUGAAGCUUUGCCUGGAGGACUUCCCCUACUGGCCCCCGCGUGCCAUGCAAGUGGUGGGCACAGCCGUGGAGCAGGUGGUGGCGAAGCAUGGGGACCUGCACCAGUUCUGGUCCGCCUGCUGCCGGUUUCUGGACGCGGACCUCCACCAGGCCCUUGCCUCGCUGCAGAGGCUCCUGGAGGGCGAGGCGGCGAAGCGGAGCGACAAGCAGCUGGCGGUGCGACAGGGAGGUGAGAUGGUGAGCGCCUGCGGCACGAAGCUUCAAGUGGGCAUGCGGGUCAUGCUGCGCUGGCGCCCGGGCUCGGUGGGUGCCACCCACAUGGCCUACCUCAACGGGCACGUGGGGGUGCUGAACGCCUACGCGGGAAGCCGCUGGCAGCUGGGCUUUGAGACCUUCGACGGCCACAUCGAUGUGGGGGCGGAACAUUUGCAGGUGGUGGACUCCAAGGAGCCCCCCCGUCACAGAGAGGAGCUGUCCUGCGAGAUGUGCUUGGGGCACUUUCUGGAGAUGCAGGUGAUGUCGCUGCCCUGCCCCAGUACCCACACAUACUGCCACGACUGCGUGCGCAAGUGGGUGCUCACCCAGCUGGUGCCGCGCUGCUACAAGUGCCUGGACGAGCUCUCCGUGAUUGCCUUGCCGCGGGGCGUCUCGGACCCCUGGUGCGGUGUGGUCAUGGACGAUGCCGGGGCCGCCGGGGCCUACCGCAUCACCAAGGCGGACAUUGAGAAGCUCGAUUGCAUGUGCUGCUUCCAAAUUGUCUGCGGCGCCCGCUGCGUGAUCAUCGGGCAUCCAGGCCUGCUUGGCCAGAGGUGCGUGGUUGGGCGUGUGGAGACGAAGUCCAGGAUCCAAAGCUUCGCGGUGGUCUACGUCAAAAACCGGCGCUACGAGCUGGAGACUUAG